GGCGCACUCGUAGCCUGUGGUCCAGCAGAGAGAGCUGGAGUAUGUUCAUAAUAAAGACGUCACCCUGUGCUCUGACCGUGCCAACCAAGUGCGCAGCUCUUAACUUAACAUGCUUACGGACGACCGAGGAGUCCUCACAUCCCCUCCGCUCGUCAACAAAAGCAUUCUGGCACCGACAUCUGCAGUGGGUCGGUAGCCAGAACACCGUUUUUCACUACAGGACGUUUUUGGGCACGCGGACUUCUUUGCUGCGCACUUGGAGCCGAGGCUGAUUCGCGAGGAUUUAAAGGAAGGAGCAGGGACUCUUAAGCCAGGUGAGGCUGAUGAUGGAGGAGGUGUCAGGUCCCCGGUCCUGCACUGCCAAGCCCCCCCACAGUCUGCUCGAAUGGAAGAAGAGAGUCAAGUCUGAGUACAUGAGGUUAAGACAGUUGAAACGCUUCCGCAAAGCUGAGGAGGUCAAGGCUCUGUUCCAGUCAAAUCGCCGCAAGAUUGAAGGAAGAACUGAGCUGCUGAAUGAGGAAUGGUCCAAGCUCCGAAUCCAGUCCAUUCCCCUGUGCACAACCAGUGGCUCUCUGCCCAGUAAAAAGUUGUGCAUGGUAGAGUCUGGCUUUCCAUCUUUUCCGAACCAGGCAGUUGCCAUGCGUCCCUUGACAACUGUUGCUGGGAUACCAUUCAUGUACUCCUGGUCCCCUUUGCAGCAGAACUUCAUGGUGGAAGAUGAGACAUUUCUGCAUAAUAUCCCUUACAUGGGAGAUGAGGUGUUGGAACAGGAUGAAGCUUUCCUGGAAGAGCUGAUUGACAAUUAUGACGGGGUGCAUGGAGACAGAGAAGGAGGCUUCAUAAAUGAUGAGAUCUUUAAAGAGCUGGUGGAGGCACUGAGCCAAUACUCAGACCCAGAGGAAGAGGAGGAGGAAGAGCCCUCAGAGAGAACAGAGAAAGAGGAGGAGGAGGGGGAGGAGGAGGAGGAGAAGAAAGGGAUGCAGAAAACUACAGCUGAAGGACCAGAAGAGUCAAAAGUGGGCUUCUUCAAGAGGAAGAGGAGGAGCACUGCUGAAGGAAGAGAGCUCUCCACCAAUAAGAAGAUUCCUCACGACAAGAUUUUCACAGCUAUCGCAUCCAUGUUUCCGUACAAAGGCACCAUGGAGGAGCUGAAGGACAAGUAUAAGGAUCUCCUGGAGCCACCCAGCCCUGUGAAGUUACCUCCUCUCUGCACGCCCAACAUGGACGGCCCCUUUGCCAAAUCUGUUCAGAGAGAGCAAAGUCUACACUCAUUUCACACACUUUUCUGUCGCCGCUGCUUUAAAUACGACUGCUUCUUGCACCCUUUCCAUGCAUCUCCUAAUGUAUAUAAGAGGAAGAAUAAAGAGAUCCGAAUGGAGACGGAGCCCUGUGGACUGGACUGCUUUCUGCUGCAGAAAGGGGCAAAAGAGUUUGCUGAUCAAAACAUGCAGAGGUCUCAAAGGCCUCGACGGCGACAGCCCCGCCCCUCAAGUUCAUGUGGCCCCACCCCCUCAGGCUCCGGCGAAGAGGGGAAAGAAGGAGACAGUGACCAUGAGACCACCAGCUCUUCAGAGGGUAACUCUCGGUGUCCCAGUCCCGCCAAAAUGAGACCAGGGGAUGAAGGAGCGGAGGCGUCUGAUUCGCCUUCUCGGUGGAGCGGAGGAGAGGAGUCUCUGUUCAGAGUCCUGCACGGCACAUAUUACAACAACUUCUGCUCUAUUGCACGGCUCAUUGGUACCAAAACAUGUAGGGAGGUGUACGAGUUUGCAGUGAAAGAGGUGCUGAUUCACCGCGUUCCGCUGGAGGAUGGUGGAAUCUCACCUCAGAAGAAAAAACGAAAGCACAGAUUAUGGGCAAAGAUACAGCUGAAGAAAGACAACUCAUCCAAUCAAGUGUACAAUUAUCAGCCGUGUGACCACCCUGAGCACCCGUGUGAUAGCUCCUGCUCGUGUGUGAUGACACAAAACUUUUGUGAGAAGUUCUGCCAGUGCGAUCGGGAGUGUCAGAAUCGGUUUCCUGGCUGUCGCUGCAAGACUCAGUGUAACACCAAGCAGUGUCCGUGUUACCUGGCGGUGCGGGAGUGUGACCCUGACCUCUGCAUGACCUGUGGGGCCGCAGACCACUGGGACAGCAAACAGGUCUCCUGUAAGAACUGCAGCAUUCAGAGAGGACUCAAGAAGCAUCUGCUCCUGGCCCCAUCUGAUGUUGCAGGGUGGGGUACAUUUAUCAAAGAGCCAGUCCAGAAGAAUGAGUUCAUCUCUGAGUACUGUGGAGAGCUUAUUUCCCAGGAUGAAGCAGACAGGAGGGGCAGAAUCUAUGACAAGUACAUGUCCAGUUUUCUGUUCAACUUGAACAAUGACUUUGUAGUGGAUGCCACUCGAAAGGGGAAUAAAAUACGAUUUGCCAACCACUCUGUCAACCCCAAUUGUUAUGCAAAAGUUGUCAUGGUUAAUGGUGAUCACCGCAUUGGAAUCUUUGCUAAGCGAGCCAUACAGCGAGGAGAAGAGCUCUUUUUUGACUACAGGUACAGUCAAGCUGAUGCAUUGAAGUAUGUGGGUAUUGAGAGGGAAAUCGACAUUGUGUAAACAUGUUUUUUUUGAGUCCACAUUUACCUGAUAAAUUUUUUGCCUACCCACAAUGCUUUGCACUUCACUGACAUCACAGAUUGAUUUGAUGAUGCCACCAGACAGUGAUGUCACUACCUUAACCUGUGGUUUAAAUGAAUUGUCCGAACAAGCGUUUUUGUUUACAUCUUUGUGAUAAUGUUUAUGAUGACCUAAAGAAACCAAAAGGUGUUCUCAGAUUUACAAUUCCACUUUUGCACUAUAUGACCAAUAAUACAGAAUAUUGAUAGACGGCACCAUUUUUUUUUCUGUCUUGGAAGAAAAAAAUAUUAUAAAUUAUUAUUUUUUUAAUCCCAUGUCUCCGUUCAUAAGGCUCUGUAAAAGCUUUUGAAAUAGCUAUAACAUCUAUAUGCUCAAUAUAUACUGUAAACUGGAUGCAUCACACUUAGCCGUCGUUGUUGUUUCUGGUCAAAAUAUUAUGUCGUGCAAAACAUCAAGCAAUAUUUCAUAGUUACAUUUGCACUUAUAGUCAGUCAGGUCAGUAUCUUCUCUCUUUAGUACAAACUUCAGUAAACAUGUCUGCAACCUGGUGUCAUUUGAUGUUAGCCUGUUACCGUAAUCUAUCUAUCUAUCUAUCUAUCUAUCUAUCUAUCUAUCUAUCUAUCUAUCUAUCUAUCUAUCUAUCUAUCUAUCUUUCUAUCUAUCUAUCUUCUAUCUAUCUAUCUCUCUCUAUCUUUUCAUCAGCUGUAAACUGCUUGCUGUAUUGCACAAAGCUGGCUCAUGUUGUCAGAGAUUAGCAUUCUAGCUAACAUAGCACUAAGGCAGUUAAUCUUCAUCUCUGCUUAAACUGUAUGAGGUCAAAUAUUGUUAAUGUUCUGUAGAAAUAAACAAAAGUAACCAUAUAAACCGACAGACUGAAUGUGAACUGUGAGCUAAAGAGUGACGUGAAGGACAUUGUUCAGCAGGCUUUUCUAAGAGUGUACAAAUUAGGCCUAACGAGAGUUAGGGUUUGGUCUUGACUGUCAUAUGUUACAUUUUGUGUAAAAUAAAGAGCUAAAUCAAUAUAACCAUAUUUGUUUAACAUG